AAAACAAAUAUCGUGCUUAAUUUUCAGCGUGAUGUCACUAAACAACACACAGCAACAAAGAUGGCGGCUAUGGUAAGGUUGCUGGAAGAAACUGGCACCAUAGUCGAAACAGCCUACGAGAGAAGAAAUGUCGCUGAACAAGAGAGGCUACAAGAGUUUGCUGCGUCUGUCAAGGUGCAGGCAUGGUUCCGUGGGGCAAGAGUCAGGGCAUACAUGACGCAUAUGAACAAAUGUGCCACACAUAUCCAGAGAAGAUGGAGGGGAUUUCUUGGAAGACAGUUCUUCAGGCUUUAUGUGAAGAACUAUGUACUUGUGAUGAAGUUAAACUUCUUCAAUAAUCAAGCAACCAAGGUUCAGAAGAUUUGGCGUGGCUACUAUGUGAGGAAAUACGUGUUUAACUACUACAGCCGUAAACGCUAUCUAGAGGCUCUUGUUAUCAAGAAUGACAUCAUCAGAAAUGAGCUAGAUGAGUACUCGGAACAGCAGGCCCAGUCCCGCCGGCGCCAGCUAGAGGCUAAGGAAAAGGUGACCCAGGAGAGAUUGGCCCGCAAGUACCACUAUCUCAUCUCAACGACUGUCAUUCCUGGUGUCUUCAACUCACCAUUCCAGCCUUAUCCCAGUGAGAUGGAGUAUGCACUGUCCAGUGUGAAACCGCUUGUACACAAGCGCCGAUCUAUCAAGGACAACCCCUACGACCCAGCAUGGAAGAGUUAUGGACACGAGCUGCCAAAACCACCAGCCCUCCCACCCCUGGCAUCUAAACCUCAGGGUCCAUUCCGUGGUCCUGAGGAAGUUCAGAUGCAGCGUUACAAGGCGUUCCAGCCAAGCCUUCGUGUAGCUACAUCGUUUACCUCUCUAGAACAUGCACGGGAACAGAUGAAGGCCGAGGAAUGGGUCACACGUAUCAAUGAUGAUAUAUUUGUACCUUUCACAAAACGUGAGAUCAAAUAUGAUCCUCUGUUGCACACGACUUCAAACUUUGGACACCCAUCGUAUGGAACCAAGUAUUUCCGGGAAGAAUUCAUUGACAAACAUGUCACAAGAAUGGUGUCCCCAACCGAUCCUUAUAAGAUAUAUUACAUGCCUUUCAAAACCUUAGUGCCUCCGAUUCCGGUCUUUGAUAAACUCAACGACACAUACUCACAGGGUCAAGUGUGAAUAAAACUUCGUGUGAACAUUGAUGCAAACAAAGAAACACCGAGAUGUAUUGGAAAUAUUAUUUGAUGAACUUUUUUUAUCACAUGCAUCAUCUUGCAGUGUAAUAUCAUAAUCAUGAUGAGAAAUAUUUUUUUUUGUAAAUAUGAUUUUAUUUUAAAACUUGAAGUGAAAAUAAAAAUAGUGAAAUCUUGUUCUAUUUUAAGUCUUCACACCUUUGAGGAACAUCUGCAUUUUGUAUUUGUUAUGUUGAUAUUUAUGAUAUUUAUAGUAUCUAUUUGUGUUAAUUAUUUUUAACUAUUCUGCAAUCCAAUAUCACAGGCAUGUUUUACAUACGAAAGCAAAGACAAAAAUGGCCUGUUGAGGGUUUCAAGAAAUUGAAAUUUAACACCAGAUAGGACAAAAUACAUAUUUAUAUUGAUGUAGAAUUCCUUCCUUGUGCUCUAAUUCUAUUUUCACUUUAUUCAUUUAAAAGUGUCUGUGAUAUUUUCAAGUAUUGUUAAUUUUAUGUUUCAUGCUUUUAUCAUGUUUUUUUGUGAUAGGAUAUUCGCAAAAAAUGACAUUCAUCAAAGUAUAUUGUACUAGUACUGUUGUCUUUGUGGUGAGAAAGUCUUUUUUGCAGUAAAUCAUUCUUUUACUUAAAGAAAAAAAUAUCUGUUAGAGAAAUAGAUAAAUAUCUGUUAGAGAAAUAGAUAUAGUUUUUUACAAUCAUAAGACAAAAGAUUUCAAUUUGUGAUAUUUUGAAACAUGAAUUAUUGAGUGUACACAUUUGUUGACCAUUAUUCAUCCUUUUUUGUUUAUCUGAUCAUAUUUUUACUAAUAAAUGAGAGAACAUA